AUGACUAGCGUUGAACUUGUAACUAUCACAGAACAAGUAGUCAAAAAAUCAAUUUCAGUCUGUAAGUCAGUUACCUCUAGUAACAAAUUAUCUGCUAGAACAUUACCAGUAAAAUUGCCUAUAGCAAACAAACAAGUUUUGGCUUUUAAGAACACAGAGACAGAGUGUCAAAAAAUUCCUUAUAAUCAAAAAGUGAAUAAGAUUAAUAAGGUGUUUGAUAUUCAAAUUUCUAAACUCUCUCUAGAAGCAAUUCUAAUAGAAUCUAGUGAAGUUAUGGUACAGAAUAUAGUUGAUCUAUUUAGAGUAACAAUGAAGCUUAGACGUAAGAAGAUUUUAUGCUAG